CUGUGUCAGUGUUUGUCAAGAGAACAGAGGAACAUGGCUUCAUCCUUUCUGAGCUUCUCCCUCCUCUUCAUCACUGUCUACACAGCAGAUGGAUUUAUGAAUUCCAGAGUGGGACGCUGUCAGUUUAACUCCACUGAGCUGAAGGACAUCAGGUACAUUGAUUCUUAUAUUUAUAACAGGUUGGAGUACCUCAGGUUUGACAGCAGUGUGGGGAGGUUUGUUGGAUUCACUGAGUUGGGAGUGGAGAAUGCAGAGAAGUUAAACAAAGGUUCAGAGUUGACCAGGAUGAAAGCUCAGAGGGAGGCAGUCUGCCUGCCGUACGCAGGGCUCUGGUUCAACUAUUUUCUGACUAAAUCAGUGAAGCCCUACGUGGUCCUGCACUCAGUGACUCCCUCUGCUGGUAAUCAUCCCUCCAUGUUGGUCUGCAGCGUCUACAGCUUCUACCCCAAACAGAUCAUAGUGAAAUGGGUUAGAGACGGACAGGAAGUCACCUCUGAUGUCACUUCCACUGACAAGAUGGCAGACGCUGAUUGGCACUACCAGAUCCACUCACACCUGGAGUACACACCCAAGUCUGGAGAGAAGAUCUCCUGCAAGGUGGAACACGCCAGCCUGAGUGAGCCUCUGUACACUGACUGGGAUCCGUCCCUGCCUGAGUCAGAGAGAAACAAGAUCGCCAUCGGAGCGUCAGGACUGAUCCUGGGUCUGAUCUUAUCUCUGGCUGGAUUCAUCUACUACAAGAGGAAGUCCAGAGGACGGAUUCUGGUCCCCUCUAACUGAUCCUGGUCCUGGUCCUGGUCCUGGUCCUGGUCCUGGUCCUGGUCCUGGUCCUGGUCCUGGUCCUGGUCCAGA